CACUCUCACGUCAAGUCGGCCGUAUUCUCUCUCCUAGGUUUCAUCAAUCUCACUUUUAGGGUUUCAAUCCACCAAUUUGAUUACAGAAACAAUGAACAUCGAAAUCUACGGGCGGCAUGCGCUUCUCUUCGACGACGAUGCAGCCGCAGCCUUCGUAAACUCCGACGACGCACUUGUUGAAUGGAAUUCUCUGUUAAUCGACCGUUACGACGUCCGCCACCUCCUUUCCGCCCCUCCGCCGUCUCGGCGGCGGCGCAAUCCACUAACAUCUCACUCUUCUUCCGUCGAUGCUGACCUCGAUCAUGAACGGUACCUGGAUCUCCCCUCACUGUCCGAUGAAGAAGAAGAAGAUACUAAACCAGAACCCACAGGUGGAUUCAAAGCCGUUCCUUUUUCAUAUGGAAAUGAUGAGGAUUCUGAUAAUCAAAAGACUGCCGAGACUGAACCAGAAGCCCCUAAAUUUCAUCCCCCAUUCUCUGUACCCGACAGCCUUGUUCAAAACUUGCCUCCUACAGAGAAAGUACAUCAGAUUAUCGCAAGGACCGCUCUUUUUGUCAGUAAAAACGGAGGCCAAUCAGAGAUUAUUUUGAGGGUGAAGCAAGGAGACAACCCAACCUUUGGAUUCUUAAUGCCAGAUCAUCACCUACAUCCAUACUUCAGAUUUCUGGUUGACCAUCAGGAUCUCUUACAUUCAAAAGACAACGCGCAUCCUGAAAACGAUGAGAAAAUAUCGAAUACCGGAGCAUUGUCUUUACUUGGUUCCGUAUAUGGCACGGGUGAGGAUGAUGAUGGUGUAACAGAGCAAUCAUUAUCUAAAGAACAUGUAUCGGGGAAAAAUGCGAAUGUGGAUGCUAGCGUUUCUCUUGCAGCAGUGAAAACCGUGUUGCCAUCUGGCAAAGAUGAGCAUGUUUUAAAACGGAAUUCUUUGUCGAAUGCUUUGAAAGUUGGAAGAACUAGUAGUGUUAAAAAAGACGAGCUUUUGGGUUCACUAUCUUCUGUUCCGGAUAAGUCACGGGCUUCUUCUCUACCUCCAAUUCCGAAAACUGAGCUCAUGCUUGUGGACCCACCAACUGAGAUGAAACGGUUGGUUGAAAAGAUAGUGGAAUUUAUUAUCAAGAACGGGAGGCAAUUUGAGGCUGUGCUUAUGGAGCAAGACCGUGGUCAUGGAAGAUUCCCGUUUUUAAUCCCGUCUAAUAUAUUCCACCCGUACUAUCUGAAAGUUCUUCAAAAAACCCAAGAGUCAAAACUAACUGUCAAAAGCUUUUACAACGAGAAAGAAGAUUUCAGAGGACGUGUCUCAAACAAGAAAAAGUCAUCCUCGAGGGAGAAUGGGAAUGAUACGAUGGAACCUGAGGAUAUACCGCUUGAUUCUGAAAGAAAAGAGAAGUUUAAAAUGGUAAUUAACAAGUCUAAAAAAGACGGAUCAGAUUUGCCAGAUAAGUCCACACAAUCGCCACCUAGAGUCCAGGUGGAUGCCGAUCAAGCAGCAGCAAUUCUUCAAGCUGCUACUAGAGGCAUUAAACCCUCCAGUUUAGGAAUUCUGUAUGGGCAACCGUCUAAUGAAGACAGCUCACAAUUAACCCAUGAGCAGAAAUUGAAGGCUGAGAGACUGAAACGGGCCAAGAUGUUUGUGGCCCAGCUGAAAAGUGGAGGCGCUCCGUUAAAAGCAGAACCCUCACGUAGCGUAUCAGCUGAGCCACCAGUUAAAGAAACUGAAAAGAGCACACUCCCUUCAGAUGAUAAGUUAAAAUUAGAAAAAGAAGAUUUAAAUGAAGCAAAAAGAGCAACUAGAAAAUACCGUGCUCGUUCUAUCAGAGACAACCAAGGUGAUGGUGAUGAUUAUGAUGACGAUGAUGAUGAUGAGAGAGAAAGAAAAAGCUCACAUAGACACCAUAGGAAGAAACAUCGAUCUCAUAGUCAUUCUGUUGAAGACGAGAGGGAAGAAAAUUAUGUAGAUGAGAGAGAUUACAAACAUGACAAAAGAAGACAUCGCUCUCAUCGUUCUUCCCAUAAACAUGAUGACAUGGACAAAAUCACUGAAGAAAAGGAUCGAAAGGAUUUAAAGAAGAAACAUCGAUCUUCUAGUUCCUAUGAAGAUGAUGAACAAGAAAGUGAACACGAGUAUUCUAGAAAGAAACACCGAACACAUCACUCUUCACAUGAUGAAGUUGACAGUGACGAUAAACAUUCUAGAAAGAAACACCGAUCACAUCAUUCUUCGCAUGAUGAAGUUGACAGUGACGAUAAACAUUCUAGGAGAAAACGAAAACAUAGAUCUCACAAAUCUUCUCAUAGGCAUAAGCAUAGGAAAAGCCACUCUUCUAGGCAUAAAGAAAAGCUCGAUGUGUCUUCAGAAGAGGAGUCGAGGGACCAGAACAAGACUGAUAAGAAUGUUAAAGGACCAAACUCGGAAAGAGAAGAACUCGAAGAAGGGGAGAUAACAGGUCCGUCAAAAGGGGCUCGUUCGGUUGAUGGGGCUAGCAGAGAGCCUUCGGUUGAUGUAUCAAGUUCUCAGCCAUCGGGGGCAACUGAGGUUCCGGAUGAUCUCAGGGCUAAAAUCAGAGCAAUGCUGAUGUCAACAAUGUAAGUUGUAAACUUUGGUUGAUUGCAUUGAAAUUAGCUACAAAUUGUUUUGGAUCCUAACAACUAUGCCUUUGAAAACCUUUGUUUUCUGCUAAAUUUGAUACUAGUGUAGUUUUUGUUUCUGUACUCUCCAUCUCUCCCAUUCCCUCGCUCGUUUGGAUUCGUUUUUGUAUGUAUGUAUACAUGUACAAACAUAUACGUACACUUGUUUUCCCAAUGUUUAUGCCCCCGCAAUUAUUAUUAAUAUUAAAAAACUUGGAAUGCACUGUAGUUUA